GCCACAGCAAAGCUCCGCGACUCUAGUGACAGCAGCCCGCUGGAGAGGAAGCCCAAGAGCUGCCGCGCGCCUGCCGGACGCCGGCGCAGAACCCAGGCUCCAGUGGGGUCCCCCACCUGGCCCUCGGGGCGCCCGCCCCCUGCCCAUCCCAGCUCACGCGACCCUCUCACCUGCUUCCGUGCGGGGAGGGGCGGGUCCUCGACGGCUGCGGGAAGGUGCCAGCCCGCCCCGGAUGGGCAUCGUGGAGCCGGGCUGCGGAGACAUGCUGACGGGCACCGAGCCGAUGCCGGCGAGCGACGAGGGCCGGGCGCCAGGCGCCGACCCGCAGCACCGCUACUUCUACCCGGAGCCAGGCGCGCAGGACGCGGCAGAGCGUCGCGGGGGCGGCAGCCUGGGGUCGCCCUACCCGGGGGGCGCCUUGGUGCCCGCCCCGCCGAGCCGCUUCCUCGGAGCCUACGCCUACCCGCCGCGGCCCCAGGCGGCGGGCUUCCCCGGGGCGGGCGAGUCCUUCCCGCCGCCCGCGGGCGCCGAAGGCUACCCGCCGGGCGAGGGCUACGCUGCCCCGGACCCGCGCGCCGGGCUCUACCCGGGACCAGGACCGCGCGAGGACUACGCUCUGCCCGCGGGGCUGGAGGUGUCGGGGAAGCUGAGAGUGGCGCUCAACAACCACCUGUUGUGGUCCAAGUUUAAUCAGCACCAGACGGAGAUGAUCAUCACCAAGCAGGGACGGCGGAUGUUCCCAUUCCUGUCAUUUACCGUGGCUGGGCUGGAGCCCACGAGCCAAUACAGGAUGUUUGUGGAUGUGGUCUUGGUGGACCAGCACCACUGGCGGUACCAGAGCGGCAAGUGGGUGCAGUGUGGAAAGGCCGAGGGCAGCAUGCCAGGUGCGCGCACCCCUGGGAGCUGUGGGCUCUGUUUCUCUGGGACUGGGCGCCCCCUGGUGGGUCCCCAAGCCCCUUCCCCCCAAUGCCCAGAUUUUAAAUCCCCCUUCCACUCCCUCCCACCUCUGGCUUUCUGCUUUGCUCUAGUCUGUCCUCUGAGUCCUCUGCCCUUCCCUGCCUGGUCCUCCCCUUGUGCCCUUCCUCACGUCCCUCUCGGGACAGGCAAAGGCCCAAAUCACCAGGGUUCUGUCCUGGGGGCUGCAUGUCAAAGAGGUGAACUGUCCACAGGAAACCGCCUGUACGUCCACCCAGAUUCCCCCAACACGGGAGCACACUGGAUGCGCCAGGAAGUUUCAUUUGGGAAACUAAAGCUCACAAACAACAAGGGGGCAUCCAACAACGUGACCCAGAUGAUUGUGCUCCAGUCCCUCCAUAAGUACCAGCCCCGGCUGCACAUUGUUGAGGUGAACGACGGAGAACCUGAGGCAGCCUGCAAUGCUUCCAACACCCAUAUCUUUACUUUCCAAGAAACCCAGUUCAUUGCCGUGACGGCCUACCAGAAUGCCGAGAUUACUCAGCUGAAAAUUGAUAAUAACCCCUUUGCCAAAGGAUUCCGGGAGAACUUUGAGUCCAUGUAUACAUCUGUUGAUACCAGCAUCCCCUCCCCGCCUGGACCCAACUGUCAAUUCCUUGGGGGAGACCACUACUCUCCUCUCCUACCCAACCAGUAUCCUGUUCCCAGCCGUUUCUACCCUGACCUUCCUGGCCAGGCGAAGGAUGUGGUUCCCCAGCCUUACUGGCUGGGGGCCCCCCGGGACCACAGCUAUGAGGCUGAGUUUCGAGCAGUCAGCAUGAAGCCCGCAUUCCUGCCCUCUGCCCCUGGGCCCACCAUGCCCUACUACCGAGGCCAGGAGGUCCUGGCACCUGGAGCUGGCUGGCCUGUGGCCCCCCAGUACCCUCCCAAGAUGGGCCCAGCCAACUGGUUCCGCCCCAUGCGGACUCUGCCCAUGGAACCUGGCUCUGGAGGCUCAGAGGGGUGGGGACCAGAAGACCAGGGUCCCCCCUCGGUGUGGACUGAAAUUGCCCCCAUCCGGCCGGAAUCCAGUGAUUCAGGACUGGGCGAAGGAGACUCUAAGAGGAGGCGUGUGUCCCCCUAUCCUUCCAGUGGUGACAGCUCCUCCCCUGCUGGGGCCCCUUCUCCUUUUGAUAAGGAAGCUGACAGCCAGUAUUAUAACUAUUUUCCCAACUGAGCAGAUGACAUGGUGAAGGAAACAGUGUUAUUAGGCUGGAGGACGCCAAGUAAUUUAGGAACAGAUGAAGGACUGAGAAGCCCCACACUCCCUCUGACCCUUCUCUGUAUAGUAGUUGGCUGGGGAGGUGGGACUCAAGAAGGAUAUUGGGGUUCACUGGCUGCUUCCUGGCCCACGAUGAAACCUGAGAGGGGUGUCCCCUGCCCCUUCCUCUGCCCUAACUACAGUCGUUUACCUGGUGCUGCUUCUUGCUUCUGGUUUUCAGCUAGAGAAAAGAAGACUAGAAAGUCUUGGACAUGAAGGAGCUUUUUGCUUCUGGUGGGGUGGGAAGGGUCAGGUGUGGGACAUGGGUUCAGGAGACUCCACUUUCUUCCUUUGUACAGUAACUUUCAACCUUGUUGUCGGCGUGUGUGUUAAUCCCUGAUCCGAAAAGAACAAAUACAUGUGUUUUAUAACCAUCAGCCAGCCAGGAUCAGGGAGAGGACUCAGGUGACUUUGGGCAGCUGGCUGGGCUCCCCCCUGCUCAAACAUAGUGGGGAGUGGAGGAAGGGGCUGGAAAGGGGGGAUGGCAAAGAUUGUUUGUGGUGGUUUUGUGUGUGUGAGUGUGUGUGUGUGAGUGUGUGUGUGUACUUUUUCUUUCUUUUUUUUUGAAUGGGGGAGGCUAUUUAUUGUAUGGAGAGUGGUGUCUGGAUAUAUUUCUUUUGUCUUCAUCACUUUCUGAAAAUAAACAUAAAACUGUUGGA